GCUGUCAAGUGAAAAUAUUUGUGUGGUGUUCAAUUAUGCAAGUUUAUUAUUAUUUAUAAAGUGUAAUUGAAAGUUAAUAAAAUGAGAAUUAGCCGCUUAAACAAGCUGCAUCCAACCAGUACUACUUCUAAUAGACUGUAAAAGGAUUUGAGAGUGAAUGAUAACAUUGUUUAUUUUAAAUUCUGAAGUUUAUGUUAGUUUUAAAGUUAAACAAACAUGCCAGUUCCUCCAAUCCCAGUAGUUAUAGAACCCGAAGCAGAAUGUCGAAGUGUCACCGACAGUGUUGGUUCUCACUCCGAUGUUUCUGGAAACACCGUACAGUCUGGCAGCACAAUGAUCAAGCCUCACAUGGAUGUCGUUUGUGUCAUUGAUAUAUGCCAGUCGGAUAAUUUGACACACCGUAAAAAGGCCCUCGAGGAGGUUAAGCAGGCUUGCAUGCUGGUCGGGGCCAACCUGAACCAUAUUCAGUUUGAAAAAUUAGACUUUGGUGAAGCAAAUGUGGUUAGCAGUUUUUACAAUGCCGAUGUUGUUAUCAUCGAUUUGUCGCUUCAAGUACAACAGAGUACGUUAUUUUAUCACCUGGGGGUGAGGGAAAGCUUCAAUAUGAAACAAAACAUUUUAAUUUACAAUGAUGUUGAUCCUGAAGUCACCUUACGUUUAAAGUUGUCAUGUGCAAAUUACUCCUUCAUAUCUUACAAUCUUUCCGAAGUUUCUUGCUUGACAACAUGCCCAGGUGGUAGGGCCGAUGAACCUACAGAUCUUCUGCAUCAGAAGUUAAGAAAAUUAUUACAGGAUGUUGAAAUUCAAACAAAGGCUCAUAUGAAAGAGAAGUUCCUCAGCGACCUUAAAAAACUGAAGGAGCAAAAGAACGGGGAAGAACUGAAAGAGGCCUUGCACCUCAUAAGGAAACGUUUGGAUGACCCGAACGUCCUCUCCGGAGACAUUAUAAUCAAUAUGCUUUUCUGCUUCCGAGAUAUACAAGAAUACAACGCCAUGAUACAACUAGUUGAAGAUCUCAGGCACGUACCCUCUGCCAAAAAGUACCUAAAUUCCUACAUUAUGUACCUGUACGCUUUCGCUUUGAAUAGGAGGAAGCAAGAAGGUGACAGAGAGAGAGCUUUAAAUGUUUGCAUAGACGCCCUAAAAAUCAAAGAAAAUCACUUCCCCGAUAUGCUUUGCCUGUGUGGCAGGAUAUAUAAGGAUAAGUUUACGGAAUCCGACCAUCAAGAUCAAGUGAGUUUGGAUCAGGCAAUCUAUUGGUAUCGGAAGGGAUUUGAAGUGAAGCCCAAUGAAUAUGCAGGUAUAAAUCUAGCCACCUUACUAGUGAUCAAAGGCGCCGAAAUUGGCAGAUCUACGGAACUCCAACACAUCGGCUUAGUCCUGAACAACCUGAUAGGCAAGAAGGGCAGUUUGGCCUCCCUCCAGGACUACUGGGAUGUGGCGACUUUCUUCGAGAUAUCCGUGCUCUUCCAGCAUUACGGCAACGCGACCCAAGCCGCAGCCUGUAUGUUCAAACUGAAACCUCCGAACUGGUACCUGAAAUCCACCGUUGGCAAUAUACAAUUAAUUGAUAAGUUCCGUAAGAAAUCCGACGAUAUCGCCAGCGCCGACGAGCAGAUAUUCCAUUUUUGGAUGGAGUUCUUCAUAGAAGCCACGAAGUCAGUCCAGGAGGAGGAGUUCAGGUUUCCUGCACUGAUUUUGGAGUCCAACAAGGAGUUAAUGCCCAGUUAUGUUUGUAUUAAUCUCGGCGCUGAACCACAGACUUUACAGGUCACAAACUUGUGCGAAAAGAGUUUGAAGGGCGAAUGCACUCAAAUUCACGACUGGGAGUUCACAGCCAACCAGAUCCGUAACGUUAGUUUUUACAAGAGGGACGAGAGAUGCCUUUUUCUGUACGUCCACCACAACUCUGACGACUUCCAAAUAUUUUUUCCGUCGGAAUAUUGUCGAGAAUGUUUCUACAAAUUAAUUCUUGAACUGACCAACUACCAAGAAGGUCUCGUGGAGUCCGAGCCACCCAGAGACAUAAAAUACGAGUACGAGAGGGACGAACAGGGUAAAAAAAUCAUACUAGGAAAGGGCACCUACGGAGUGGUCUUCGCAGCUAGGGAUCUCAACACUCAAGUCCGCAUAGCAGUCAAGGAAGUACCUGAAAAGAAUCUGGGUGCAGUGCAACCCUUACACGAAGAGAUCCGUCUACACUCUCAGCUGCGGCACCGGAACAUCGUGCAGUACCUGGGCUCGUUAUCCGAAGACAACUACUUCAAGAUUUUCAUGGAACAGGUUCCCGGAGGAUCUUUGAGUGCGUUGUUGAGAUCGAAAUGGGGGCCUUUGAAAUCCAACGAGCACACGAUGGCUUACUACACGAAGCAGAUCCUGGAGGGGCUGAAAUAUCUACACGAUCAGAAAAUAGUACAUCGCGAUAUUAAAGGUGAUAACGUUUUAGUUAACACUUACAGCGGCGUCGUUAAGAUUUCUGACUUUGGAACCUCGAAGAGACUGGCGGGCCUCUGCCCCAGCACGGAGACCUUCACGGGAACCCUCCAGUAUAUGGCGCCGGAAGUCAUCGACAAAGGACAGAGGGGGUACGGCGCCCCAGCCGAUAUCUGGUCUCUGGGGUGCACGGUAGUAGAGAUGGCGACGGGCAAGCCGCCUUUCAUAGAACUGGGAUCCCCACAGGCGGCGGUUUUCAAAGUGGGGUAUUACAAAAUUCACCCGGAAGUACCUGAAGAGCUCUCCGAUCGGGCUCGAUAUUUCAUCAAGCGCUGCUUUGAACCUGACCCCACCAAGAGGGCCACGGCGGCUCAUUUGCUGGAGGAUCCGUUUUUGGGACCUGACAGAAAAAAGAACGUUCGCCUAAACACCGAAUUUAACCGUAGUGUCUCUGUGCCCGUAGACAAAAUAACACCGAGGCACCCCGGGCACUCCAGUGCCCCGAACCAGACACCAACAACCCCAGAAUCAGAUUCACAAAGUCGAGGAGCCCUACUGCCACCUAUCCAAAUGCCAACUGCUCUGACUUUCAACAGUCUAGCCUCUACGCCCUCAUUGGACUGCGAUUCGGAACAUGGCAACACGGAACGCCGGAACUCAUCCGGCACCCUCCUCUCCCCAGAGGUGGACGUCACGACAGAAACCGACGGUUUCUACCUCCUCAAAAAAGACUCCCAGCGGCGAACGACUCUCGCCAAAGUACUCGCUAAUGACGGAACAAAGAUAUGCGACGUCUGGAUGCAGAAAGUCAGGGAUAAGUAUCUCGGCGAGACGGUACUCACCGAGAAGCACCUCCUUAGGCUUAUGGACGGGCUGAAGUCGUAUUUGACGGAACAGUCGUUGAGUGUCGUGGAGAGCACCAUGAGGCGGCUGAAGGAAGAGCUAGACUUUGACUCGGCAGCCAUCAAUCAGUUGCAGUUCGCCAUAUAUUUGUACCAGGAAUCCGUCAACGAGGUCCUGCGUUUGCACCCCAUAAAGCCCCACUGGAUGUUCGCGUUGGACAAUUUGGUGCGAUCCUGCGUUCAAGCGGCGAUUACAGUGUUAUCGCCCGAAUUGGGCGAGCACAUAGGAAAUCACAGUUCGCCCAGCACGGUCAAUUCCAGCAAGUCGGGCAAAACAAACGAGAGCUACGAGGUGAGAGACCAGGUCCUGCAACUCCGUUCGGAGAAUUCCAGACUGUGGCAGGAAUUGCUGGAUAUGCAGAAGCAAUAUCAAGCUGUGUUGAAGCUGCUGAUAGAGGAGCACCGGCAACAAACCGAGUCCCUGAAACAGAUCUGCUGUUGCAACCGUCAACAAAAAGAAGUGCUUGAGGAAGAUAUAAGACUGUCCAACUGGCUGCAAGGCCUCGGCAUAAACGAGGUAGCCAAAAAAAUGUUUCUUGCCGAGGGCUACACCUUGGAGGAGGUCCUUUACUACAUAAGCCGGGAGGACCUUCGCAGGGUGGGCCUUAGGGGUGCCACCGAGUUUCGUAUUUGGCGCGCCAUCGAGCAACACAGACAGGGUAGCGACGUGAUCAUAUGUAACGGUGUCACGACAGAUGAGACCGGCACCGUCUGAAAGAUUCGAGUACGGGGUGGUUUGUCAAAUAACUGUUGUUGAAUUUCAUGUAGAAUUCAAAUUCACUAUUAACCUUAAAAUGAACCACCCCCUUAAUAAUUUAUAAUCGUUAUAAUUAGACUGUGAUUAUUUUUUUGUUUCUUUUAUCAAAAGUUUUUAAUUUUUAAAUUAUUGUGCAAUGACUGUAUUUAUUUUAGAGGAAUAUUUAUUCCGUUGUUCUACUUUUUUGUAUCGAAAAAGUACCGAUGGCUUGGAUACCGAUUUUUAUUUAAUUUUAUCCGAAUGAUUUUACUUUUAAUUUUGUCUUCCAAAUUCGCAAACCUCAAAGAACUGAUUUACCUGAGAGUAAGAAAAAAUGUAUUUUUUUUUUUGUUUCACAGAUCGUGGAAGUGUUUUAUAUUUUUUUCUUUUUUGAGAUUAACAUUUUAACACAACUAAAUUAGUUUUAAGGAAAAAGCCUGUAAUUGUUAUGGCGACGUUUAAAAAUUAUUUUGCUUAAAUUAAGGAAAUUAUCUUUUCUUUUUAAAUGUUUUUCAUAAUGACGACUGCGGCUUUUUCAAUUCAAUGUUUCGUGCCUUGCGCGUUAAUGCAUCACAUUAAUCAAAACGUUGUGGCCUAGAGAUGAAUCGUUUUUGAAAUUGUUUUCGGUUAUAAUUUUUGAAGUGGAAAUGUAUGUUUUCAGUUUUAAUACGAAUUAUAUUUAAAUACGAUGUUAUAUAUUUUGACUAAUAAAGGAAGAUUAGCAAUA